UACAUCACUGCAUACAUACAUACAUACACUAAAAUGCCCCUUUGAAUCUUUCUUCUGGAUGGCGUAGUGCUGUAUAUUUCUUGUUGGUUUAUGGGUCUUCUUUGUUCUUCAUCUCUGUCCUUUUCUUGGAAACUUCUGACACACAAAAUCUCUUCUUUUUUUUCCUCCUGAAUUAUUUGCGGGCUCAGUUUUUCAGACUUCUUGGGAGCUUUGAUUGCAGUAUCUUCUUCACCUCUGUUUUCUUUUCUGUUUGUUGCACCUGGACAUGUCUCGUAGCUUGAAGGAUUGGGUCGAGACCAUCUAUGUGGUUUUAGCAUUUUGCUCUGUGCUCUGCUUUGGUGCCCUUAAAAGUUUGUUGGUUGGUCCAAUUGCUGGUUUGAUACUGAUUAUAGGGAAUUUAGGGGUGAUUUUAGGCCUUUUCCCUGCUCAUGUUGCUUGGACAGUUUAUACCCUUAUCAAAACAAAUAGGUUUGAUGCACCACUUAAAGUUGCAAUCUUGUUGGGGUUGCCUGCUUUGUUUGGUAUCUGGUUGGCUCUUAGCAUAGCUGGUAGUGUUCUUGUGGGAGUUGGAUAUGGGUUCUUCACUCCUUGGGUUUCAUCUUUUGAAGCCUUCAGACUUGAAGAAUCAUCCAAGAAAUGCUACCACUGCAUUGUGGACGGAACGUGGGGAACUAUCAAGGGUAGUUGUACUGUGGUUCGUGAUUUUGCCGACUUGUGUUAUCAUUCUUACCCAAUCUAUUUGAAGGAGCUGCGUGAAAAUCCUUCUUCCAAUGAGCUUCAACCUCUUAGGUUCAUUCACGUGCCUGCAUGCAUAAUUGUCGGCCUGAUAGGCCUGGUUGUUGAAAUUCCUCUUUACACAGCUAUUGCCAUAGUAAAGAGUCCAUUUAUGCUGUUCAAGGGGUGGCAUAGGCUACUACAUGAUCUAAUCAGCCGGGAAGGCCCGUUUCUAGAAACUGCCUGCAUUCCCAUUGCUGGUUUGACAAUCCUUAUGUGGCCGCUUGUUGUUAUCGGCAGCAUUUUACUGGCUAUUUUCACCAGCUUUUUCAUUGGGUUAUAUGGAUCUAUAAUAGUGUAUCAGGAAAGAUCCUUCCGUCGAGGUGUUGCUUAUGUGAUUGCUAUGGUAGCAGAAUUCGAUGAGUACACAAAUGACUGGCUUUAUCUUCGUGAGGGCUCAAUUCUUCCAAAACCACGCUACAGGAAGAGAAAACCAUCCAAUUCAUCUGAAACCACUAUUAGCCGAAAUCAGUCAUUACACGAGAGAUUUGGUGCUGUCAUUCAUGAAGCUCCUGGAAUGCUUGUUCCGAGCCUAACAGCAUCAAGAUCCGUUAGAGAGGCUAUAAAGGAGGUGAAAAUGGUGCAGAUAUGGGGAAGUACGAUGAAAUCAUGCGAGGCAAGGGGAAGGGAAUUAUUGGACGCAGGUGUGAUAACACCGGCUGACCUGUCUGAUUGGCUGAAGGCAAAGCAUGCACAUGAUGCACCUAUUAUUGAUGUUGGAUUGCCUUGUUUCUCAUUCUUGCACACUCUUCUUUACUCCAUCAAAGCUGGAUCCAACGGUCUAAUUCUUUUGGAUGGGACUGAGGUUAACCAUCUGAAUAGACCUCAGGACAGAUUGUUGGACUGGUUUUUUCACCCUGUGAUGGUCCUCAAAGAGCAGAUCAGAGCCCUCCAGUUGGAAGAAGGCGAAAUACAGUACCUUGAGAAAGUGAUGCUUUUCGGAAACAACAAGGAACGUGCCAAGUCUUGGGAAAAUGGGAGUCUUGUCCCUCAAGACGCUCUCCGAGCUGCUCAAAUUGAGGGCAUCAGUCGUAGGAUGAUGGGCAUGACCAGAAGUGUAUCAAAGUUUCCAACAUACAGGAGGAGAUACCGGCAAGUAGUAAAGGACCUGAUAAAUUACUCCAUGGGAAAAGAGAGUUCUUCAAAACCCGUUGCUUAUACUCUAACAAAGGACGGAUCCACAAGAUCUGUAAUGUCUUCCACAGCAAAGGAAAGCUCCACAAGAUCGAUGUCCGUGAGGUCAGUUGCUUCAGUCGAGAUUGUUUAGGCAAAGGUUCUCUGAGUUAUUUCUGUACAUUUAGUUAUUUUUGGCAAUACAAUGGGUUACACAUUGUUUUGUAAUUGGGAGACUUUAGGUGUACAUAGAAAUUUUGGCUGGUGCUGGAAUUUACGGCAUUUCACCUCCUGUAUGCCUGAGGAAUGCCUGCAUCAGCUUUUAUGUUAUGGGAAAAUUCUAAUCUGAAUCAGGAUUGGCCGAAACAAACCAAUCACAGAGCAAAUAUAUUGCAUUUGUCAUGUGAUUGGUUAUUUUCUGUGCAUUUAUAGCACGACAUGUGUAUCACACUUGUCGUUUAAUUAGUUUAGGUUCGCACAAGUUCGAUCAAGGUUAGAAUUUUACCAUGUGGUGUUGUAAGUAUGUGAAGACAUGAGCAUGGAAGUUGUCUGUAAACUGUCAUGAUCAAAGUUGAAUAGGAAUGUGAUUGUUUCUUUUUUUA